AAAAAAAAAAGAAAAUGAUUAAAAUUGCGUCGGCAUACCAACUCAGGAUUUCUUUCCUGAACCAAGGAAAAUGGAGAAAUUGAGAGACUCUAUGGUGCAGGACCCAUCUGCAAGUUCCUUACCAAGAAUCAAGAUGGAGGAUCCAUUGGUCCUCUCUUCUUAUUGCAUCAUGACAAAGUCUUCAUGGAAAGCUGGUACUAAUCUUUCCUUUCUGUAUACAUCUGGUUAAAUCUUGUAUUUAGUAAUAGCAAUUUCCCGCGAUACUCACGGGACCCCGCGGGAUCCCGUCACGAGGAUGGGGUGGGAAGGAAUAUUCUUUUUCGCAGAGCGAGGAUGAGAAGUAUUUUUCCCUGCGAAAUUUCACAGGAAAUUUUUCUCAUCCCAUGGGGUCUUGCAGGGAUCCCCAUCCCCGCAAAAAUUAAAACAAAUAUAAAUUAAUUUUAUUUUA